AUGAGAUUAUUAUACUCAAAUUUAAAGGAGUGGUAUUCAGAUGAAACUGUAAUCGUAAAAUGGAAAGUACUCAAAGAUUUAGUAGCCACAACUUCAGAUGAUCUUGUAAUUUAUCAAGGAAACAUCCUGUUUCUUCAGGGUGGUAUCGUGUACACUCACACAUUGUCUGGCGAGAAGAAACCGCUCUUAAUAGAAUCUUCUCUUCGUUUUAUUUCAUUGUGCGCUGCUUAUGAUAAGUUAUUCUUGGUUACUGAAGACGGUCGAUUAUAUGGUUGUGGAUCUACCAAACAUGGUGAAUGUGGUGUUAUUUCAGCUCAUUCUAUUGAAUCUUUGCAGGAAAUCAAAUUCUUUACUGCUUUAUCUACUUGUCCUCAUGGAUGUUUCAUUGCCAAUACAGAGUCACUAAAAGUUAAGUUUGUUCAAACUUCAGCAUCAGAAGUUUGUUUAGUUGAUUUCGAUGGUAGAUUAUGGAGAUAUGGUAAUGGAAAGCUUGAUUAUGAUUCACUUGGACGUAUUCAUGUUCGACCUGUACAACUUGCUUUCAAACGUAAAAUUCUGCAACUAUCAGCUGGAAGGGAGCAUUUUGUUUGUUUGGCAAUUCCCGCGCUUGACUUAAAAGACGAUACUAAUAAUGAGAAAUCAUCAACUCUUGAACUCAAACCAUCAACUAAUUGUAAAAAAUGUCUGGAAGAAUACGAAUUACGGUUGAGCACAUUAAUGAAUAAAGCAGAUGAGGAAAAUGAAUCACAAAUGUCAUCAAUGAAGAGUCAUGAAGUCGUUGAUGUUAGUACAUGUGUUAACACUGAUGCUUGUAGAAGUUUAGGAACAGAUUACAAUUUUUCGAGUGGAAUUAAGUAUGAUGUAACAGAUGUACGAAAAGAAAUGUUGUUCGAGGAAACGGAAAUGACAGAACUAAAAAAUUUAAGGCCAAAUUCAACAUUGGUAUCAUUACAAAAUAUACAUGGUACAGAUUACUCAUCACUACCUUGCACAGUACGAAGUUAUAGCUCUUCUGUUUCAAAUGAGGAAGAAACUAGAUUGUAUUCUGAGAAUUAUUCCGAUUUAUUACCAGAAGUUUGGACGUGGGGAGCUAAUGAACAUGGUCAAUUAGGACAUGGUGAUUUCGUUAUGAGAAGAGAACCAUCCAAAGUCACUGAUCUAUCAAAUAAAUAUUGUAUCAAGAUAUCAGCAGGUGAUGAACAUACCAUAGUCCUAAUUGGAUCUGGAGAACUAUAUGUUUGGGGAUCAAAUAGUGCUGGGCAGCUAAAGCAACUCAAUCUACCUCAUGUAGCGAAGCCAACGUUUUUCAAGGUUGGAAGUCACUCUUUUGUUUUGGAUGCUUUUGCAAGAGGUUAUUAUACAGGUGUAAUCGUUGGCGGUAUAGCGGAUUCUGCUGCUUUUUAUCUUUGUGGGAGUAAAAAAUUAGAUUCACCAAAAAUAAUACCACUUUUAAAAGAGGUUGGCUAUCCUGUUUGGGCUUGUUUAGAAAAUGAAACUGCAGUCCUUGGAGUUCAGCAAAAUAAUUUAGAGACGGAAAAAUAUAUGAUACAAAUUUUCACUUUUUUCCAGCAGGCGAAAUUUGUGCAUCAUCUUUUUCAGAGAACGAAAAUAUUGCGUGACAUUGUUUGGAGAGCGGAUAUCUCUCAGAUUGAAACGACAUUGAAAUUUUUCGAAUCAAAACGCUUUUUCCAAACCUUAUUUCAAUUCCACGCUGAUUUCGUGGAUUGUAUUGCUUAUGGAUGUUUCGCUGAACUUGAUAUUUGGUUAUAA